CUUAAAUUUAUUUGCACAUUGCAAACGGGUUCAUGUAACUUUUUAUCCCUGAAUAAGUCAGACCAAAUACCUUAACACAUCUUCCAAGCAGCUCACAGCUGAACAAUAUAAUACCUUUCUUUCAAUUUCUACCCUCUUCUCUCCACAGUGUUGUUUCCAAGUUGUCUUUUUACUACUGUGAAACUCAUAAUUACAGAAAGAUUUCUAUGUUCUUACAAAAGCACACUUCAAUCGAAGUUUUCAAGGCAAUGUUCUUAGAGGCAAUGACUCCUGAUGUUUAUAACUCAGAGGAGCUCCACAGUUUAACACUCGCGUGACAAAGACACACUGUUAACGCACAGCCGUACCACGCCCUUGGGCUCCCAGACCUGUUGUGGUGCCACUCGCUGUGUCCAGAACACCUUAGAAACCCAUGUUUCUCAUAAAUACAGAAGCAGUUGCUUAGCUAUGGAUGGAGGAAAAUCUUAUCCUGUCUAACAAUGUCAUCCUAAAACACAUGGAAUCAUAGAAUCUUAAGGGUUUGGAAUGGACCUUAAAGAUCAUCUAGUCCCAACACCCCAUUGCCAUGGGCAGGGACACAUCUCACUAGACCGGGCUGCUCAAGGCCUUAUCCAGCCUGGCCUUGAACACUGCCAGGGUUGGGGCAUCCACAACCUCCCUGCACAACUUAUUCCCUUGCAUCUCACCACUCUCACAGUAAAGAGUAUCUCUCAAAUACCUAACUUAAAAUUCCCUUUGUUGAAUUUGUACCCAUUGCCCUGUGUCCCAUCACUACAGUUCCUGACAAAGAGCCCUUCUCCAGCUUCUGCUUAGGAUUCUCCAGAUACUGGAAGGUUCCUGAGGUCUCCACAGAACUUUCUCUUCUCCAGGCUGAAGAGCCCCAGCUUUCUCAGCCUGUGCUCCUGGGGGAGGUGCUCCAGUCCUUACAUCAACUUCGCGGCCUCCUUUUGGCUUGCUCCAACAGCUCCAUGUCCUUCUUAUGUUGGGGACAGCGGACCUGUACACAGCACUCCACCUGGGGUCUCGCCAGAGAAGAACAGAGGGGCACAAUGCCCUCCCUCGCCCUGCUGGCCCCAACGCUGCGUUUGAUGCAGCCCCAAGUUCGAUCGGCUUUCUGGCCUGCGAGAGCACACUUGUCUACUCAUGUGGAGUUUUUCAUCAACCACCACUCCGAGGUCUUCCAGCUCAUCCUUCAGCUCUUCUGGCACUGGACUAGCCUGGGCAGAAGAGUCGGAGCAACGACCCCUCGGGGCAGGGCAGGCCUGGCAGCUAAGGAGAUGGCGGUCGGCCGGUCGGCCUCUCCCGCCGAGCAGCUCAUGCGGCCGGGCGGGUGGGCAGGCUCCACCAGAGGCCGAGACCAAACCCCGGCCCUACCGGGCCCUGCCGGAGCGGGCGGCCGCAGUCCCGAUUCCCCCGCCCGCCGUGAGCCGGGGCGGGGCGGCUGCGAGGGGCGGCGUCUCCGCGAUCCCCGGGCCGCGCCGGGGGGAGGUGGCGGCGGCGGAUCCGGGCCCGGCGGAGGCGGAAGGGGCGGGCGGACGUGGCCCUGACUCUGCGGGACGCGCGAUGCUGGUUAUUUUCCUGGGAAACAUCACUUUUUGUGUGUAAAGAAUAUCUCGCUGAGUUGCUGCAACUGAGUGUAGAAUGUUACUUGACUUGUGAUUCUGAUGGAGGAAUAACAAGAGCUCAGGCUGCUGCACUGGAAGACAUUACAGGAAAUACAAAAUGUCAUCAAAUAGGAGUCAGAACCCACAUGGACUUAAACAGAUUGGCCUUGACCAGAUAUGGGAUGACCUAAGAGCUGGAAUUCAACAGGUUUACACCAGACAAAGUAUGGCAAAAUCCAGAUACAUGGAACUCUACACUCAUGUUUAUAACUACUGUACCAGUGUACACCAGUCUAAUCAAGCACGGGGAGCUGGAGUACCUCCUUCUAAAUCGAAAAAGGGCCAGACACCUGGAGGUGCUCAGUUUGUGGGCUUGGAAUUGUACAAACGGCUAAAAGAAUUUCUGAAGAACUACUUGACAAAUCUCCUUAAGGAUGGUGAAGAUUUGAUGGAUGAGAGUGUGCUGAAGUUCUACACUCAGCAGUGGGAAGAUUAUAGGUUUUCAAGCAAAGUAUUGAAUGGGAUAUGUGCCUACCUCAAUCGACAUUGGGUUCGUCGUGAGUGCGAUGAAGGUCGUAAAGGAAUAUAUGAAAUUUAUUCACUUGCCUUGGUGACCUGGAGAGACUGCUUAUUCAGGCCAUUAAAUAAGCAGGUAACAAAUGCAGUGUUGAAAUUGAUUGAAAAGGAAAGAAAUGGUGAAACUAUCAAUACAAGGCUGAUCAGUGGAGUUGUACAAUCCUAUGUGGAGCUGGGGCUGAAUGAAGAUGAUGCAUUUGCAAAAGGACCUACACUAACUGUCUAUAAGGAAUCCUUUGAAUCUCAGUUUCUUGCUGACACAGAGAGAUUUUAUACACGAGAAAGUACUGAAUUCUUGCAACAGAACCCAGUCACAGAGUACAUGAAGAAGGCCGAAGCUCGCCUUCUGGAGGAGCAGCGUAGAGUUCAGGUGUAUCUCCAUGAGAGCACACAAGAUGAGCUAGCACGAAAGUGUGAGCAAGUACUUAUCGAGAAACACCUGGAGAUAUUCCAUACAGAGUUUCAGAAUUUGUUGGAUGCUGACAAAAAUGAAGACUUGGGUCGCAUGUAUAACCUUGUAUCUCGAAUCCAGGAUGGCCUUGGAGAACUGAAAAAACUUUUGGAAACCCACAUUCAUAAUCAGGGUCUAGCUGCAAUUGAGAAAUGUGGAGAAGCUGCACUAAAUGAUCCAAAAAUGUAUGUACAGACAGUGUUGGAUGUCCAUAAGAAAUACAACGCUUUAGUCAUGUCUGCAUUCAACAAUGAUGCUGGCUUCGUGGCUGCACUAGACAAAGCUUGUGGUCGGUUUAUAAAUAAUAAUGCAGUGACGAAAAUGGCUCAAUCAUCCAGUAAAUCCCCAGAGCUACUGGCACGAUACUGUGACUCCUUACUAAAGAAAAGCUCAAAGAAUCCAGAAGAAGCAGAAUUGGAAGAUACGCUCAAUCAAGUGAUGGUUGUCUUCAAGUACAUUGAGGAUAAAGAUGUGUUUCAAAAAUUCUAUGCUAAAAUGCUGGCAAAGAGACUUGUGCAUCAAAACAGUGCUAGUGAUGAUGCUGAGGCAAGCAUGAUCUCCAAACUAAAACAAGCUUGUGGUUUUGAGUAUACCUCCAAGCUGCAGCGGAUGUUCCAAGAUAUUGGUGUAAGCAAGGAUUUGAAUGAGCAAUUUAAAAAGCACCUGACCAAUUCAGAACCACUAGAUUUGGAUUUCAGCAUCCAAGUGCUGAGUUCUGGAUCAUGGCCGUUCCAGCAGUCCUGCACGUUUGCUCUGCCAUCUGAGUUAGAACGGAGCUACCAGAGAUUUACUGCAUUUUAUGCCAGUCGGCACAGUGGAAGAAAAUUAACAUGGUUGUAUCAGCUGUCCAAAGGGGAAUUGGUUACCAACUGUUUCAAAAACAGAUACACAUUACAGGCAUCCACAUUCCAGAUGGCGAUUUUACUGCAGUACAACACAGAAGAUGCCUACACCGUGCAGCAGCUGACAGACAGUACUCAAAUAAAAAUGGAUAUCUUGGCGCAGGUUCUACAGAUACUGUUGAAAUCAAAAUUGCUUGUUUUGGAAGAUGAAAAUGCAAAUGUUGAUGAAGUGGAGUUGAAACCAGAUACUUUAAUAAAACUGUAUCUUGGUUACAAAAACAAAAAAUUAAGGGUAAACAUCAAUGUGCCAAUGAAGACUGAACAGAAGCAGGAGCAAGAAACUACACACAAAAAUAUAGAGGAAGAUAGGAAACUACUGAUUCAGGCUGCUAUUGUGAGAAUCAUGAAAAUGAGGAAGGUUCUAAAACACCAGCAACUGCUUGGAGAAGUGCUAACACAGCUGUCCUCAAGGUUCAAGCCACGAGUUCCUGUAAUUAAGAAAUGCAUCGACAUCCUCAUUGAGAAGGAGUACUUGGAACGUGUAGAUGGUGAGAAGGACACCUACAGUUACUUGGCUUAGCAUUUUUAUUAGCAAUUACCUGACUGUGUGACACUCGGCAAGUAGGUAUGUGAUGGAAAGAAUGAAAGCGACAGAACUUCAUAGCAGCCACCCCUGCUGCCAUUUGGACCUCCCUUUUUAAUGACUGAGACCAGGACUCCAUCAGCCAGUCUCAGAUUUACAUCAGAACUGCUCAGGAUUGAUACAUUUCAAGUAUGUAAAUAUGGACACCAAUGCCAUUUAACCUAAUUUAAGAACAGAAAGGAAUCAGACCCUUCUCGUUUAAGGGUUGCAUGCUACUGCAUUUAAAUCAAUACAUUGGCUAUAUGAUAAACAGCUGCUACCACAGGCAGCACUUAUACAUGUUGGCAGCACUUGGAGAGCGAGUCUGAAUGGACCCAUGUGUAAUCUGCUAUGAAAAACCAUUUGUAUAGUGUGUUUCAUUUUUUAAUGUGUGAUAAAUAAUAAAAAAAAAUCAAAAGAUUUCUGUACAA